AAGGUUGAAAAGUACUGCAUAAAUGACCAAGAUGUUGGACUCAAAUGACUGCACCUUGUCCUUGGACAAUCUUUUUUUUGAGAAGCCAAUCGUCCACAAAGUAAAGCCGCUGAACCAUGAGGUCAGUCUGAGUCCACAGCAGUUGGAAGCGCCACAAUCUCUUUUCCAGAUUCCAGAUACUCACGUUAUGCAGGAAGAGGCAGAGUCUAUCGCUACCGAGCACAGUUUCCAACAAAGACUGAAUGAAGAGUUUCAAGACAGCACCAGUACGCUCGAUGACCUUUGGGAAUGUCAAGGUUUUCGGGAUCUCUGUCAUGAUCCCCGUCAAAGUAGCAUAGACGCAAAAGAUGACAGUCUGCAAGAUACUGAUGGAGGAACCACCAGCUUGAAGUAUUCUUCUGUGGGUGACAGAAAAGGCCUACCUCUGCAGAGAAGCUUGUUCAAGGUUCCCGUGUCAAGGCGCGGAGGUGACUCGUCAAACCCAAACGACCUCUAUAGUAGUCACACAGCAUCUAGACCUCAAACUUUCCCCAGUCCCGUCUCCAUGGCAACAGCGCCUCAUCCUCCUCUUCAGUCACUAAGGGCGACAUUUAGCCAGGCUGCUCCUCCUUCCCCCUUCCUACCCCCUCCUCUGGUCUCAUCAGCAACGAGCAGGCAGAACAAGGGCACAACGAGAGCCUUGGUUGCACCCGCUGUGCGUCAGCCGCUCCACCUCCAAGGAUCUUCAGGAUCUGCCGUUUUGCGCCCAGUCUCCGAAAUCCCAGAAAAAUUCAGACCCGUCUUCAGCGAGUUCCCCGUUUUUAACUACGUCCAGUCUAAGGCCCUAGAUGACAUUCUCUACACAGACAAGAACUUUGUGGCAUGCGCUCCUACCGGAUCUGGUAAAACUGUGCUGUUUGAACUGGCCAUCAUCCACAUGUUAAUGGAGACCUCAGCGCCUUGGAGAGGCGUCAAAGCUGUAUACAUGGCCCCCAUCAAAGCUCUCUGCAGUCAGUGCUUUGAGAACUGGACCAAGAAGUUUGGUCCUCUGGGGAUAAGCUGCAAGGAGCUGACAGGCGACACCGAGAUUGACGACUUAUUUGAAAUUAUGAACUCCCAUAUCAUCUUGACCACUCCAGAAAAAUGGGACAGCAUGACAAGAAAGUGGAAGCACAACUCUCUGCUGCAGUUGGUCAGACUCUUCCUUAUAGAUGAGGUUCAUGUAGUGAAGGAUGCAACCCGUGGUGCCACUCUCGAAGUGGUAGUUAGCAGGAUGAAGGCUAUCCACGCCUUCAGAACAAUCCAGAGUCACGACGCGGGCGUCUCGAUGAGGUUCGUGGCUGUGUCGGCCACCGUACCUAAUGUUUCCGACAUUGCCGACUGGUUGUCCAGCGAGAAGGGUCCGGCUACCUAUCUGGCGUUGGGUGAGAUCCACCGCCCGGUGAAACUGAAGAAAGUGGUGCUCGGAUUCCCUUGUACCCCGAACCAAACAGAGUUCAAGUUCGACUUGUCUCUCAAUUACAAGAUGGCCAAAAUCAUACAGACCUACUCCGACCAGAAGCCUGCUUUAGUGUUUUGCUCCACCAGAAAAGGAACCCAGCAGUCAGCUGCUGUUCUGGCAAAGGAUACACGCUUUAUUAUGACCGUGGAACACAAGCAAAGGUUGAUGGAAUACGCACAGUCCAUUCUGGAUUCACAAUUAAAAGAGCUGGUGAGAGUGGGAGUCGGUUUCCACCACGCUGGAGUCGACGCAUCAGACAGAAAAUUGAUCGAGAAGGCCUUCGCUCUCGGAGACCUGCCUGUCCUUUUUACGACGCGCACUCUGGCCAUGGGAGUGAACCUGCCUGCUCACUUGGUGGUGAUCAAGUCCACCAUGCAGUAUGUUGCAGGCUCCUGUGAGGAGUACAGUGAUUCGGACCUGCUGCAGAUGAUUGGCCGGGCUGGAAGACCUCAGUUUGACACAUCUGCCACAGCAGUGAUCAUGACCAAAAUGCAAACCAGAGACAAGCUUAUGAAAGUCAUGAAUGGGAUGGAGAUUAUCGAAAGCAGUUUGCACACUCACCUAGUAGAGCACCUGAACGCCGAGAUCGUUCUCCAAACCAUCAGCGACGUCAACAUGGCUCUGGACUGGAUACGUUCCACCUUUCUCUACAUCCGAGCGCUGAAGAACCCAAAACACUAUGGAUUCUCUGCUAACAUAGACAGAUGUGGAAUUGAAGCAAAACUUCAAGAACUGUGUCUGAAGAACCUCAACUCUCUGUCUUCGAUCAACCUGAUCACUAUGGAUGAAGACAUCAAUAUUAAACCUACAGAGGCCGGCAGGUUGAUGGCAAGGUACUGCGUUGCCUUCAAUACCAUGCUGCAGUACAGCAAAGUAUCUGGCACGGAAAACCUCUCGGACGUGAUUAAGCUGGUGUCGAAGAGCAAAGAGUUCAGUGACAUUCAGCUGAGGGUGACUGAGAAGAGGUCCUUGAAUACCUUGAACCUGGACAAGAACAGAACAACCAUCAGGUUUCCGAUGGAAGGAAAGAUCAAAAGCAAUGAUAUGAAAGUCAACUGGUGGGUCCUUUCUCUCCCUUUAGCAUACUUUGAACGGUAUUCCAAGUUUGUGCUUUUCUCGCCUUGCAGCUUGAUUCAAGCUCAGCUGGGGUCCAUCUCAAUUCAAGAGUUCGGCCUCACACAGGAUACAGCCAGAAUAUUCCGGAUCGGGAUGCGCAUCAGCAAGUGCCUUUCCGAAUACCUGAGUCAGCAUUCCAAGAUGGGUUUCAGUAUUCUGCUCAACUCUCUGAUCCUGGCCAAAUGUUUCCGAGCAAAACUUUGGGAGAACUCUCCGUAUGUCUCCAAACAGGUUGACAAGAUCGGCCAAACGCUGUCAACUGCUAUGGUGAAUGCCGGACUCACCACCUUCAGCAAGAUUGAGCAAACCAACCCGAGGGAGAUUGAAAUGAUUCUCAACAGACACCCACCAUUUGGAAACCAAAUCAAGGAAUUUGUCCUGCACCUUCCCAAGUACGAGGUCACCUUGGAGCAGCUGCCAAGAUACAGUUGCAGUACGGCAGAGAUUCUCGUCAAGGUUGGCCUCAAAAACCGAGAAGUGCUGCUGAGCAAGAGAACGGCUCCGGACAGUCACUAUGUUUCUCUGCUCGUUGGAGACUCUGACAACAAUUGCGUCUUCCAGCAGAAAUUCACUGACCUGUUGCUGUUGAAGUGCAGCAGCUGGUCAAAGAAGAUCGAAGUGACAAAGGCCUCGACGGGAGAUGAGAUCAGCGUUAAUCUCAUCAGUUCGGAAUAUGUUGGCCUAGACAUCCAGCAGAAGUUCAACGUGUUCUACUCGGGAAAAGACAGGUCUGAGACUGCGCCUCUAAAGGGAAACGUAACAUCUCGGGAGCAAGGCAAUAAAAGACAGUGCAACCAUCUCUGCAAGAAUAAGGAGCAGUGCGGCCAUGAGUGUUGUAAAAGCGGUGUGACUGUGGUCCGGAAGAAGCCGGCAGCCAAAGCCAAUUGUUUUUCUUCAUAUCUGAGCGAUCUGAGAAGAAGAUGUGACACACUUCCACCCACUCCAGUCAAGCGACUCAAGGUGAAAAUGAAGGAGAACUUUUCGGGUGUCAACAUGCAGCAGUUUUUAUACAAUGCUAAGCAACGACAAACCAGCGAUGACGGAUACCAGCAAAGUGCAAUGAUGGAUCCGAGCGCAGGCAGUUCCUCCCAGUAUGAGCACCAUAUGGACGACUUUGACAAUGAUGAUGCCGUAUUUAUGGACAUGCACCAAACAAUGGAGAAGCCAGCCCGAGCUAAUAUCACACCCCGUACCCAGCAAGCUUCCGUUGGGUGGAGGAACGCCGAACCACAUGUUGCUAGACCCUGGCAAGUGUCGAAUCGAAACACUCGCAGCAACGAUGAGACAUUGUCCCAAAUACCAAGUGUCAGCUUUGACCUCGGAAAUGAUUGGGAUGACUGGAGCGACUUGGACGACGACAUUGCGGUUGACACGUUUCUGACUCAAGCUCGGUCACCUAAAUGCAACAAAUCAGCUCAUGUGGCUAAAUCACCAUGCCGCCCCUCUGCCAUUGCAGUGAGAUCAAUUUUCCCAAACAAACUCAACAUUCCUGAGCCCUCUCCUUUUAUUGCUGGACAGCUAAAUCAAACAAAGAAUCCAGGAAUGUUCGGCGCUGGGAUCGCAACAAAGUCACCAGAUAGAAAAACAACUUCAAACAUUGCCGCCCCACCUCCUCAAAUAUUCAAAUUCUUCUCACCAAUGGGUGUAUUGCUUGAUGCCGUUGCAACUGACUGUGGCAACAGCAAAGAAGAGGAAGCUUUUCUUGGAAUUUUUGAUGGUAUAUUUUAAAAGUUCUGGAUGACAAAAUUCCAGAAAUGUUCUUUAGCAUUCAUGGAUGUUGUGGGACGUUGUUGAUUUCCCAGAUGGAUUCUUCGGUCAUCUGCACUGAUAAUGUUGCGACA